GGAGGUGGAGUGCAGGCGGCUCUCGCCUAUAAGGAGGUGCCCGGCGCCCGGCUGCCGCUUCCCCGCCGCCGCUCGCAAGGUGAAUUUCCGCGGCGGCAGCCGGGGGAGCGGGCUCGGCUCGGGCGCUGCCGCCGGCGUUUGGAGCGGCUCCUCCGAGGGCCGCGGAGGAGGGUCCCUCGGCCGCCCCCGGCUCCGGCUUCCCCAUCCUCCGGAGUGCCUGGAUGCUGGAUGGAGUAAAUGAGCGGAGGAAGAGGGAGCGCACAGAGGCUGAGAGGCGCCGGGAGAGCGGGACCGGGGGAGACGGGCGGGCGGCUGGCUUCCCCCUGCGGGGCUGAACAUGGAUUCCCGAGCACUCGGGGGCUUCGCUCUGCUGCUUUUCGGUUUUUGGCACCUGGGAUUAACUGCAACAAAUUAUAAUUGUGAUGAUGCAUUGGUAUCUCCCUUACCUUCGACAGCCCUUACCAGUUCCUCUGAGCUCUUCAGUACUCACAGUCCCAGCUUUGCAAAGCUCAACAGGCGAGAUGGAGCUGGUGGCUGGUCCCCGCUGGACUCAAAUGAGCAGCAGUGGCUCCAGGUUGAUCUGGGAGACAGAGUGGAGAUUGUCGCGGUCGCUACCCAGGGCAGGUACGGGAGCUCAGACUGGGUGACCAGCUACACGCUGAUGUUCAGCGACACCGGCCGCAACUGGAAACAGUACAGACAGGACGACACCAUCUGGGUUUUCACAGGGAACAGCAACGCUGACAGUGUCGUUCACCACAAAUUUCUGCACUCCGUGAAAGCCCGCUUCUUGCGCUUCGUCCCUCUGAAGUGGAAUGCCGGUGGGCGGAUAGGACUGAGAGUUGAGGUCUUCGGCUGCACCUAUAAGUCAGAUAUUGCAGACUUCGAUGGCAGAAGUUCACUCCUCUACAGGUUCAACCAGAAGCUUAUGAGCACAUUCAAAGACGUGGUUUCCUUGAAGUUCAAGAGCAUGCAGGGGGAUGGAGUUUUAUUCCAUGGGGAAGGACAACGUGGAGACUACAUUACCUUGGAACUGCAGAAAGGGAAGCUCUCCUUGCACAUCAACCUGGGGGACUCCAACCUGCACUUCAGUAACAGCCACACAUCCGUCACCCUGGGCAGCCUCCUGGAUGACCAGCACUGGCACUCGGUUCUCAUAGAGCGCUUCAACAAGCAAGUGAACUUCACGGUGGACAAGCACACCCAGCAUUUCCGAACGAAGGGGGAUUCGGAUCACUUGGAUAUUGACUAUGAGCUCAGUUUCGGAGGGAUUCCUGUCCCAGGGAAACCAGGAACGUUUCAGAGGAAAAAUUUCCACGGGUGCAUUGAGAACCUUUAUUACAACGGAGUCAAUAUAAUUGACCUGGCAAAAAGGCGCAAACCUCAGAUCUAUACUGUGGGGAACGUCACCUUUUCCUGCUCAGAACCACAAAUUGUUCCUAUCACCUUUGUCAGUGCCGCUCGAAGCUACUUGCUACUACCCGGCACUCCUCAAAUUGACGGUUUGUCAGUCAGCUUCCAAUUUCGAACGUGGAAUAAAGACGGCUUACUUCUGUUCACUGAAUUGUCUGAAAAUUCGGGAUCUCUCUUGGUUUAUCUUCAUAGUGGGAGAUUGACACUACUUAUUCAGAAAGAGACGGAGAACCCAGUGGAAAUCAGUGAAGGCACCAGUCUCCACGAUGGGCUUUGGCAUUCUGUUAACAUCAAUGCCAGAAGACAUCGCAUUACCCUGACACUGGAUAACAAUGCUGCCACUGCUAGCCAUGCAACCACUGUCUCAAGGAUCUACUCUGGGAACAGCUACUAUUUUGGAGGGUGCCCUGACAAUUUCACCGAUUCCCAAUGUUUAAAUCCCAUUACUGCUUUUCAAGGCUGUAUGAGGCUCAUCUUUAUUGAUAACCAGCCCAAGGACCUCAUUUUAGUUCAGCAAGGCUCCCUGGGGAAUUUUAGUGAUUUACACAUUGAUCUGUGUGGCAUCAAAGACAGAUGUUUACCCAACUACUGUGAACACGGAGGAAAAUGCUCUCAGUCCUGGACCACCUUUUACUGCGAUUGUAAUGAUACAGGCUACAUGGGAGCUACCUGCCAUAACUCUAUCUAUGAACAAUCUUGUGAGGCUUACCGACACCAAGGGAAGACAUCAGGUUUCUUCUACAUUGAUUCCGAUGGAAGUGGACCACUUGGACCGCUCCGUGUUUUUUGCAAUAUAACAGAAGAUAACAUCUGGACUGCAGUGCAGCACAACAACACAGGGCUAACCAGAGUCCAAGGAGCGAACGUGGAGAAGCCAUACACCAUGUCCUUCAACUACAACAGCAGUGCAGAGCAGCUCGAAGCUGUGAUAAACAGUGCAGAGUACUGCGAACAGGAGGCAGCCUACCACUGCAAGAAGUCACGUCUCCUGAACACUCCGAAUGGAAUGCCAUUUGCUUGGUGGGUUGGCCGUGCCAAUGAAAAGCAUCUUUACUGGGGAGGAUCUCUUCCGGGCAUUCAACAGUGUGCAUGUGGACUGGAAGAAAGUUGUCUGGAUAUGAGAUAUUUUUGCAACUGUGACGCAGAUAGAGAAGAAUGGACAAAUGAUACCGGCCUCCUUGCUUUCAAAGACCAUUUGCCUGUAACUCAGAUAGUGAUCACUGACACAAACAGAUCAAAUUCUGAGGCUGCUUGGAAAAUCGGCCCUUUGCGUUGCUAUGGAGACAGGCAGUUCUGGAACGCCGCUUCCUUCAACACGGAGGCCUCCUACCUGCACUUCCCCACCUUCCAUGCUGAGGUCAGCGCCGACAUCUCCUUCUUCUUCAAAACUACUGCCGUCUCCGGGGUAUUCUUGGAAAACCUUGGGAUUAAAGACUUCAUACGAGUUGAAAUAAGCUCCCCCAAAGAGAUCACCUUCUCCAUAGACGUCGGGAAUGGUCCCACAGAAGCCACUGUGCAGUCUCCCACACCCCUGAAUGACAACCAGUGGCACUAUGUCCGAGCAGAGAGGAACCUCAAGCAAACCUCUCUGCAGGUGGACAGCCUCCCCAAGAAGGUCCUGGAGGCACCUGCUGAGGGGCAUUUCCGCUUGCAGCUCAACAGCCAAUUAUUUGUAGGGGGAACAGCUUCCAGACAAAAGGGCUUUUUGGGAUGCAUUCGAUCUCUGCAUUUAAACGGACAGAAACUUGACCUUGAGGAGAGAGCCAAAAUGACACCUGGUGUUAAACCUGGAUGUCCAGGACAUUGCAGCAGUUAUGGUAACCUCUGCCAUAAUGGAGGAAAAUGUGUGGAGAAGUAUAAUGGUUACUCCUGUGAUUGUACCAACUCAGCCUAUGAAGGACCUUUCUGCAAGGAAGAGGUUUCUGCGUUAUUUGAAGCUGGCACUUCCGUUACCUAUAUUUUCCAAGAACCUUAUCCUGUCACAAAAAAUGCAAGUACCUCAAGCUCUGCCAUUUAUGCGGAUGCUGUCAUGUCCAAGGAAAAUAUUGCCUUUAGCUUUCUCACGGCACAUACUCCAAGCCUUCUGUUGUACAUCAACACCUACUUUCAUGAAUAUUUGGCUGUGAUUCUCUCCAAGAAUGGAAGUUUACAGGUCCGAUACAAGCUGAGUAAGGAUGGGCUCCUCAUUUUCACCAUUGACUCUGGAAAUUUUGCCAACCGAGAGCUGCACCAUGUGAAGAUUAACAGAGAAGGCAGAGAGCUCAUCAUUCAGGUUGAUCAAGUUCUCAAACUCAAACACAACUUUUCUGAGAUUGAUUUUAAGGCCAUCAAAUCGCUCACCUUGGGCAAGGUCACAGAUAGUUUGUCACUGGACCCUGAGGUCUCAAAGGCAAAUGCCUAUGGUUUCACUGGAUGCCUGUCCUCUGUUCAGUACAACCACAUUGCACCCCUGAAAGCUGCCUUACGCCAUCCCAGCGUUGCUCCUGUGACUGUCAAAGGCUCCUUGACUGAAUCCAGCUGUGCAUCCAUAAUGGAAGCUGAUGUGAACACAGUAACCACGAUAUAUUCCUCAUCAGAUCCUUUUGGGAAGAGAGAUGAAAGAGAGCCUCUCACCAAUGCAGUCAGAAGUGAUUCAGCUGUGAUUGGAGGUGUAAUAGCAGUUGUGAUAUUCGUCAUCUUUUGCAUCAUUGCCAUCAUGAGCAGAUUCCUCUAUCAGCACAAACAAGCACAUCGAAGUAGCCAGACAAAGGAGAAGGAAUACCCAGAAAACCUCGAGAGCUCCUUUAAAGCUGACAUUGACUUGCAGAACACAGUGAGCGAGUGCAAACGGGAAUAUUUCAUCUGAUGGACAAUGCAAUUUCUUCUUACUCUUACUUCCCUAACCUUCCUUCCUUUAUUCCUUUAUUCCUUCCUUCCUUUUUUCUUUUUGUAAUUUUUUUUUAAACAUUCGGGUUUUUUUUGCUAACUCCUUUUUCAUUUGGAAAAGACCGCCCUGCACAGGAAACACUGACAACAAUCACAGUACCUCGUUCUCUGCACAAGAACCUGGCAGUCACAGUUACUUCUGCAGCUCAAGAGACCUGUUAUCCCACCCUACACAAAAUAAGAUCCGCACGCACACCUGGUUUCUGCUGUGGGUUCCUGGAUGUUUUAAAGUCUCUACAUUUGUUUGUGCUUUUCUCUGGAGCCAUUUAAUUCAUCACUUUUACACUAGAGCUGGACUAUGUAAAGUAGAGGUAAAGUAGCUGAACACGUAGCUCUACAGAUACUGGGACAGGAUAGAGGGAAAGAAUGAGACCAAAACGCCUGAUUAAUUUUACAGGCUCAUUUUCAACAAGCAUAUAGAACUGGCCAAAUUCUCAAGUGAUAUGAAUUGAUCUAUUAUCUAUUGAUUUCACUGGUUUUACACUAAUCUGUACCAGUUGAGAAGCUGGUCUGAGGUAAGGAAAAAUAAAACUGUCCUCAUUAAGCUCCUUCCCCCGACCUCCUGUCCUUUUACUGUAACUUUUAGGCUUAUCAAUACUUUUCCAACAAUAUAUGUAUCAACAAUAAAUGUCAUUCCCGUGCACCUCUUUCACCUUCAUCUCAUACGGCUGGCUAUGUAGACCCAACAUACUCUAGCAUAACUCUAGCUGAAGCAUGGAAAAUAGUAGCUUGAAUCUCCAAGGGUUUUAGGAAGCUGCUAGGCCUUAGGUGCUCUAUAUUUGUCUGAAACGUUAGAAAUGCAACAUAUACCCGUUCAUGCCAUAUGGAGGGCUAUCAUACGCUGAGGUUAAACACUAUUGCUGCUGUGGCAAAGAAAAAGUACAAGAAACAAACAAAAAUAGUUUAAUCUUAAACAUGAGUCACACCUCCUGCCAGUUCUUCUAAAAAAGAAAAAAUCCAGCUACUAAAAAAAAACCCAAAACUGCAUGAAAGUUUGAUUGGUAUUUCCUGUUUGUAGAAAUUGGAAUAUCUUCUCCAAAGCUAAAUAGAGAGAGGUCUGAUGUCAUGUCUAAAAAGGUUAAAAUUUAAUCAACCCUGUUUACAAGGAAGAACAUUAAUGAAACAAGUUAAAAAAGAUCCCAAAUACUCUGCUUUGAAUUAAUCAUCUCCUCUCCUUUCUAAAGUCUUCUAUCCUUUCCUGAUUGGGAAAAUACUGAAGACUCAAAUCCUGCCCAUUUUACGCGUGCUGCAUGGUUUCGGUGUGAGGCUGAAAGACCUUCGUUUCAGUCACAGACAUCAUAAGGGUAAGAAUGUAGAAGUCCCACCAAAGGAGGUUUUUCACACCCUGCUUGUGUCUUUGUGACAUCCUGCCUUCACAGGGCGUCUGAAGAGUAUGUAGAAUUUGCUGUCAGAUUUGCAGGUUUCCAACAGGAGUUGAAUCUGUCCAACAGAUAAGAAAAAAUUAAAUAAUCCUAUUUAUUGCAAUACUCUGGAUAAGAAUUAAUUCAAGAUAAUUAAUUGUGUAGGUGAAUCUCUUUCUUUGCCCCCUACACUGUUCCGCAGUCCUCCUGGGAUUUCCACGUGGUGAUCCUUUUUACAUAGAUUAAAAUCAAAGAAUCCCAGUAUGAGGUAACAACCUACAGCAAACUAGAGAUGGGGUUACACGUGCAACAGGUGCUAUUUUUCCAGGCAAUGCAUUGCAAAGGUAUGUAGCUGGUUAUUUUUUUGAUGGGAGGAGGGGACAGACAAGGAAGAACAAAUAAAUGACAGUGUGGAUAUGGUGAUUCUUCACAACUUCUUUUGGAAGACUUUAUGAGAAGUAGUGUCCAGCGAAGAGAAAGCAAUCUUGGAACGAUACCGUUCUCACAUGGAGAGGAAUAUGUGAAGCCAGCCCCAUACUCAGAACUCUGACUGAGCGAUCUUAUAAAGCUGUUUAUAUUGAAAUUAGUAUUGGUGCCAUUCUUCCUUAACCGUGGUCAACAACAGCCCUUUUGCUUCAGUGCUGGCUGUUUGCAUGAUACAUGAUUACUUGAGAGUGUUUCUGCAUGAUGAGAUGUGUAACGAUGGAGUCAUUAGCUGUGUUCCCUGUACAUCGCUCUAUCUUUUGUGGUGAAAUCCUGGCAAAGCAAUUCUCUUUUCUCCUUCCCUUCCUUCCUUCCCCCAGAUAAAGCUGCUUUGUUUAGCAUGGCAGUAGGGGAGGAAUAAGCGAGCGCAGGGGCUCCUCUGCCCGUGUUUGAGUCAUCUUAUCUGAAAGGGACUCUGCGUGAGACAUAUCUGAAGUCCUAAUGGACUUAAUUGGCUUGAUGGAGAAUGGAAUAGGAAGGAGGGGAAAGCCCGCAAUCGCGUAUUUUUCUCUAGCCGAACUAACAGAUACAAAUCAUACUUCUGCUUUCCUAUAUGGUAGUUUCCAGGAACAAAAUUACUACAAAGUCCAACAAUAAAGCGCAAAGCAGCUCCAGCAGUGGAGUCGCUGGAAAAGGGAGACCGAGCAAUGAAACAGAGUCCUCUCAUUUCUCAAGUGACUAAAUUACUUUCAGCCACCUUAGGGCCUGAUUCUGCAAGAUGCUGAGCUUUCUCAAGGAGGGUCAAGUUCCCAUCACCAAAGGUAGCUAUUAGUGUUGCUGCACACGUUUCAGAUACAGUUUAGCAGCUCAGUCCUGGCCCCGAGAGCAGGUGUAAGCGGAACGCUACGUGCAAACCCAGACCUGGCAAAACAGUGGAAGUGGUUUGUCCGUGUUUCCUGUUCCUCAUUUAAUAUAGCCCAAGCUGGUAAAACUCCUUGGAAAAUAUAGCUGUGUUGGUAUGCGAAUGUAAAAAGAAAGAUGUGCAAAUACAUAAAUGCAUACCUGAGUAUAGAGAAACACGUGCAUCUAUACCUAUGGAUGUAAUGAGAUGUGAAUAUUUACAUGCUACAGGGCUGGGCAAAUGAAGACAUUUGUAUGGACUUGCCAUUUAAAAUUUCUAAAUCAGUGUUUCAAAUAUUUUUAUUUAAAGGUAGCUAAAAGAUACUGUAUGAAGUAUCCUAAUACUAAGUCCUUUUUUUCUUUUUUUUCUUUCUUUCUUUUUUUUUUUGCAGUGCUUUCUUUAGUGAGGGUGUCAUCAGAUUUACUUCAGUACCACUUAAAGGGAAUUAAAAAUAUUUUUUUAAAAAAAGAGAAGAAAUGCAAUUUUGCAAAAAUCUACCAGCGUUAAAAUUGCUUUCAUUCUCCACAGUUCAAAUUAGACUCUUUUUCCUAUCUAUUACAGACCAUUUCUGCUAUUUUUGUUAAAAUUGCUGUUUAAAUCUGGGGGUCUUUCCUUUUUUCUUUUAGCUAUCAUUCUAGAUAACAUUUUUCAGUAAACAUGGGGGAAGAUACUUUUCGUAUAUAAAAUGACAGGAUUUAUUUGAGUAACCUUUGAGCAGCCUGGUCUAGUGGGAGGUGUCCCUGCCCAUGGCAGGUGGGUUGGAACUAGAUGAUCUUUGAGGUCCCUUCCAACGCGAACCAUUCUGUGAUUCUGUGAUUAUUUUAAUGGAAAACCUGAGGGUGUCAAAGAAUUUUUGGAGGUCUUUGGGUUUUCUUCCUUCUCUCAAGACAAGUGUCAUAAACAAAAGUAGGGGGCUGAUAGAAGGAUACCGAGUCUUUUUUUCUCCUGGUAUGGAACCUCUGGAAAUUAUUUUUGCUAGGCAGGGCUUUUUAGGCACUGAAAUUUCUAAGUCACUGAGAUAUGGAUAUAGGCACUGCAAAUUCAUGUUUUCCAGAAAUGACUUGGCCAAUAACAGCCAUGCUUAUAAAGAUAUUUAGUCAUGCAAUCUCUGAGUUGGAUGCCUAUAAGGACUGUCUGAGAACCCUGGUGUCGGGCUACAGAAAACAGAUGAAGGCUUUCUGUCAGAAAACUAAAUCCCACUAAUUUCAGUGAGACCUAGGCUGCCACCUGAGCGCAAUGUGGACUUUCAAAGGAGUUCAGUCUCCUGAGGAUGUGGAUCAAUGCUUAAGUGACUAAACAAGAUGAGCACUUGACUCAAAUGAAUUUCAGUUGAAUUUCUGCUUCUGCCUUGCUGUGAAAUGUUUUAAAAUACUACAAGACAUUUAAAUACCUUUGAAAAUUGAGUCCCAUUUCUCUUUUGGAAAUAAAAGGUUGGUCCUAAGUAAGUCACCUAUCUAAUUUGCAGUAAGUAUUUAAUCUGUCCUUAUUCACUUACUAGAGACAAGACAGUGUGAAUGUUUUGAGUAAAUUUUUAAGGCAUACUCUUUUUUCUCUUUUUCUUGUCAUGGCACAGCACUUAGAGUAUGUCUGUAGUGAAAACAAAGUCAAACAAAAGACAGGCUUUUAACUCACAUGGGCUAAACCAGGAUUCUCAUCUGGGUGAACAUAGCUGUGAAAACAAGCCAUUUAGGGCUCUAGUGUUAUGAGAUUGUGUUCAGUCAUGAGAUUCCCCUGACAUUUAAGUUAAAACUGAUGGCCAAAAUUCAAACAUGAGAUACUUUCUCUCUCUCUCUGCUUUAUUUUAACCCGAUUGAGCCAGACUUAACCCAUCCUAUUUAGCAAUUGUUCAGUUUUUACAGUGUAAGCCAAACCCUUGUUUUAAUUAGAUGUUUGUCUAUAUUAGCAUUUAGCUGAUCACAAAUUUCACAUAUUGGGUGAGGAGCAAUCAAUACAUCAUAUAGUUUCACUAUAGUGAGGGGAUAUGAAUCUUCUCCUAAUGAAGUCAGCUAUUGAUUUUGCUGAGAAUAAGAUUGAGCCCUAGACCUAUGGAAGCACUUGAAGAUUGCCUUUAAUUGAGUCUUUUGUGUUUGUUUCAUUUUGCAUUUGGCUACUUCUUUCACACUUGUCAUCCAGUCCUGUCCUGUGGUCAGUGAGGACAGGGCAAAUGUCUCAGACAUCCUUUAAGACUAAAUAAAUCACUCUCUAGAGGUGCAUCUCUCUCUCCAUUGAUUAGAGCGAUAGGGUAGGCUCCUGGCAGUAGGUUAUCUGCUUCUAGCAGAAUUUGCCUACAUAUAGGAAUCUUACGCUAGUGUUGCAGCCCCAGUAGACACAUCUGCACAGGUCUUAAAAGAGGCUUGUUUUUUAUGGAGAUACCAGCUGGACACCUCCUUGCAUCUAAAAUUACACUAGACAUCUCUGCUUAGGAAAUACAUGCAUCUACUUAUAGUCAAAUACAUGAAAAUGAGGUGUCAAAGCACCUAUUUGAGUUGGUGGCCCUCUGGUGGGCCACCAAGCUGUGGGGCUUGGGAGAGGAUAGCUCUCCUUCCAGUCUAUUCUAUGUCCAAGAUCCAUUCCUUGCCUCGUGUGGGAGCUUUGGCAGAUAGCAUACGUGUAGACAGAUCUACACAGAUUUCAUAAUCUAAAUCUAACUCGGACCCCUAAGAUACCUUUCUAGCCCUCUGUGUCUGGUGCUGUUUGAGAUGAACUAGAGUAUCUCUGAAGUAAGUUUGUAAGUCUCCUGCCUGUCAUGUCUCAUACCUGCUAGCCCCAAGCAGGUAUGUCUGAUACCUGUUGGCUUUUCAAAUUGCAGUAAGGCCCAUCCAGAACCCCUAACUUCCCGAUGAGAUGAAUCACUGAAAAAAAUCCCAUCUUCAGAAAAAAAAUCAAGCUUCCUUUCCAUCAAUGUAAGCCAAUCAGUUGAAGUGUGUCCCUCACCUCAGCUUAAGAAGAGUAUUACAGGAGGCAGGAUUUGACCCCUCUGUGCUCCUCCAUCUCAUGCCAUUGUUGUUUGUUGCCAUCACCUACACAAAACUU